UGCAUAUAUUCGUGCCACAUAUUUUUAUUUUUUCCUUUCGACGACGCAUCGGACAGGAGAGAUAGUACCAGCGCCGCGCGGAAUCCACGUAAUAUUACGAUUUACUACGUUUUAAUGUAUUUUUGUUAAGCUUGAGCGAGUUAAACAGAUAGCGUGAUUCGUGAUUGCAGCCGGUUGCUAUGACCCUAUUACUCAUGUGUGCGUUUUCUUUCUCGAACACAACGAUGAACAGCCAGAUUAAAAAUGUAAUGAGCAAACACACAGAAUUUCUGAAAUGUGAGAAGCUGUGAGAAAAUUUAGUUUUACAAUUACAGUUCGUAUUAUGACUACAUAUUUAUGUUAUAAAUUAUGACAACAAUUAAUAUGCGCGAUAAAUUGUGUAAUUUGAUAGUACAAGUCAAUAAGUUGAGUUUUAUUAAUUUUGUAACACGUUAUACAUAUAUUCGAAAUGCUUUAUAUAGAUAUGAAUCUGUAGGGGUAAGUUUUUACUUUUGUGGAAUAAUUAAUUAGGCCGCAAUUUCUUGAUGACCAAUUAAUAAAACACGCGCAAUCUCCAGAUAGGGCUUUUUCGAGAUUAGGGUUUAAAUUACGACUCAGGGUCGAGAAAAGAAGUCUUGAUAAAACCAUCAAAAGUAGGUAAAGAGCCCGUAGGCUCGGCCCUUGGCGAAAGGAGGAGCGAAACUGCAUCUCUGCGGGUGAGCCGACCGAAACAGUGGCUCGAAUCCUCCGCGCAAAGAGGGAUGAGCAGGUUUGUGGCGUUUGCGCCGGCGGUCGUUGAGGAAAGGGUGCGUUGAGGAAAGGGGGUGGCUGGCCCAAGUGGUAGGGAUGAACGUAUAGGUGGUGGUGUACAACCGGGUGGGGGUGGAUAGGGAAAGGCGUGGAAUUGGCGGAGACAGUCAGUGGCCCGCCGCGCGCCACAACGACGGCCGGACAUCGACGUUGACUCUUUCCACUUGCCGAGCGCGUCGUCCGAUAAGAUUCCUUUUCCACUUGUUUCGCCGUCGCUGGUGAUCUCAUCGCCACGCGCGAAAAGAUCGUCUCUCCAGUCGCAAAAGCGUGAAUUCGUCGACUGCGUCGCCCUUUCAUCUGUCGCUUACUUCUGGAGUAUUUUUUGUGGUUCGUGGUACACGAUUUGUCAAUUGCUGGCAGACAAGGAUUUCUGAGUGGCGACGUGACCGGAAAUGGUCUUAUGGUGUGACGUGGAUCGAUUGGACACCAACAUCUCGUCCAGGAUCUUUUAGCUUCGACGAAGCAUAUCUCGUUUAAUGCUCUAUUUUGUUGUCUUGAGCGACAAUGUUUGUUCAGUCGAGUGUGCUGGAGAGGCGUUCUUGGAUCGUGUUGCGCCCCGUGAUUAGUGUGGAUAAUUCGUCUAAUGUGUGCUGAGUUUUGUGCUGAGACGAUAUCGAUGAGUGGACACGUAAUUGAAACGGCGCUGGUACUUUUUUGCGUGAACUUGCAUUACUUCUAAAGCCGAAAAUUUUUUUUCUAAAAUUGAAAUAAAAUUAACAUAAUUAUCAAGAUGCUUUAUCUUUGAAAGCAGAUGGAUUUUUGUAUGAUAACAAGGGAUCAAGUGAAUAACAUUUGAUAUAAAUUAAUUUAUUAUCGGUUUGAGUCGUAAUGAAAGUCUGCAUGCAAAAAAGGUAUCUUGUUCGCGAGUGAAUUUACAUGUGUGCAAAAGUUUCAUGGUUUUGUUUUUUUGUCGAUUACAGAUUAUAUAGAUCCGCUGAACAUUCCCGCUGAACGAUUCUUUGAAUUUCGGGACUCGAUCUUACGGCGGGCCGGAUUAAUCAUAGUGAUAACAGUGCGAAAAUAAGGGAGUGUUGAUUUUUAUUCGUACGCAAUACACCUAUUUGGAUAACGAGCGCAGGGGCGCUGAUUUUCUCGCUGAUAAUUGGCGUCACGUGACACGCGUGUGACACGAGAAAACGCCAAAAGGAAGGGUGGAUUGGAGAAGUAUCGGCCGGAAAUCUAAGACUGCAGAGCCUUCCAAAGAAAGAGAGAGAGAGAGAGAGAGAGAGAGAGAGAGAGAGAGAAAGAGAGAGGGAGAAAGAGAAAGAGUAUCGAGGCCGAACCGACGACCCGAAGAAAAAGAAACCGGUCACUUAUCGAGCCUUCUUCACGAAUGGUCUUCACCCGCAAACCUCUCGAAGCUCCUUUUCACGUUCCCGGAAAGCCGCGUUAUCGCCGGAUAUCAACCCCGGACUGCAUCCCCAGAAUAACGCCUCAUCCGUUCAUGCGUACAGAGUGAAGCGCUCGCUUUACCAGAAAGAAGAGGUGCUCGCAGAUUCUAGUUCAAAGGAUUUCUUUGUCGAGAAAAAUCGAUCUCUCAAUGUGAUAUUCAGUGGCAAACAUCAUUAUUUGGAAAAGCACGAAGCGACGGUACGGAUGUUCCGGACGUUAAUCGAUUCUGUUCAAGAGGCUUUUGAAUAAGCCUCAGAAAUGGGAUCAAAUGGAAACGUAUUUUGAAAGAAAAUUCCCAUUCUCGGGAUUUCCGUGAUCAACCCACGAGAUGCUUGUAAAAUAAGGUCGUGAGCAAACGACGAAAUUAAUAUCGUCUUUCAUCGUCAAAGCGGGAUCUUCGCUGAAGUACGUACCGGCGGAGCUUCUGCGAAACGUACAUCGACAGUUUGACAGCGGUGAACCCAUUCAGUCAGACCUGGAUUCGACGAGAAUUGAUAACGAGCCGCUGCUUAAAUCCAAGCAGUCCACUCCGCGCGAGGAAAUUCUAUUUUAAGCUAAAUCCUCCGAUUGCGAGAGCAAAAUCCGCUUGUCCACGUGUAUCCGAUUUCCCGCUAUCACCAUUACGGUUAGCUGUAUAUUUUUUCGGAAUUCUAAAAAAUGAACCACACACGCGGCCGAAAUGCUAGAUUUCGCUCGCAAAAUGCCACGUAAUCUCAUUGAGAACGAAAAAGAUACAAAGUAGAGGAUAAGUUGGACGCUACAUUGAACGCUCUUCCAUCCUCACACAUAUCCCGCUUUCCUGUCAAUCAGGGAUGAACGCCGAGCGAAAUUCACUCAUGUGUGAAGGGUGAGACAACCGCACGAUCGAAAGCACGCGUCCCGAUGGGACGGAAUCGCAUUUCUAGUGCAGCGCUAUCAGGAGAGAGACAGAGAGAAGAAGAGAGAGAGAGAGGUGGAGAAGGAAUCAGCAUCACGUAGCUCGAUGGACCACGAGAAAUCUAACGGAAGAAAGAACGGGGACAGUAGAAAUUGCUGGAAACGACAUCUAGGGACAGAACUCGAUCGCUGAAAGUCGGAGGAGCGAAGGCGUAGCCACGACCUGGAAACGGGCGAUGAUCACAGGAUUCUAGUUCCUGGAAAAUAUGGGAGGAUCCACGUUCUCGACCACUCGGGGACGGACGUCUUUUGUACUUUUAUAAAAGUAUCAUCGUCGUCGAAGUGUGCUCGGGACCAAUCGCUUAGCUUCCUUCCGUAUUAAGGCUGUAUCGAUCAUUUUUAUCCUCUUCGUCGCCGAUACUCGAAAGAACUGGUGCCUUGGUCGACUCGCUUUGGUAUUUGCACGAGUCCCGAGCUUGAAGAAUUUUUUCGCUUUCUCUCUCUCUCUCUCUCUCUCCCUUUCUUUCUCCGCCAGAAAGAAAAGCGGAUUGUAAAUUAGGAAAUUACCAGCUAUUUUCUUUCUCGAGCAAUUGCUGCCUAAUUGAUAACGUUUGUCAAAGAACGAAUACAAAUAAAUUACAAGCAGACGGACACAUUUGUAUUCGACAUCGAUUGUUUGGCAUUUUAAUUCGCGGAGGAAUUGGUUGAACAAAAGGAACUAGGUUUUUCUACUUUGUUUAUACUGGAAUUAUUCAAUAAUUUCAAAUUUUUAUUUAAAUUUUAAAUAAAUUUAUAAAAUAAGAGACGAUUUCGUACAAAGGCAUAAAAAUCCUAUUAACACGAAUCUGCUGUUUUACAUCAAAGCACCAAUAUCGAAUGCAACGCUCAGACAUUUAUCGAUCAGCCUUCAAGAAGAACGGUGCCUUGCUUAUCGUCUGCUCAUUUUUCGGCUACCCGUAAGCUUCGUGUGUCUGAGAAACGGCGGGAGAAAGAAUUCCGUAAUUUCUGACUGCGCACGUUUUAUUGGAUAUCCUUCGUCCGAAUGUAAUUGCGUGAUAUGUUCGUCCCGAUAAAUCGUUCGCGAUAAAUAUGAAGCGUCGCGCUGUCACUACCUCCCGCAAGACAUUCGCAGAACGGGGAUCCCAAUUCCUACGGGAUGAAAUCAUUGAAAGUAAAGCUAAUGCGCGCGAGAUGUGAACGAGGUCGUUCGUCGAUUCCGACUGUUCCGCAACGACUGAAUGGAAUUGCUCUGCUAUAACGACUGUGACGACGUCGACGUCGCAGUAGAAGUCCAAAAUUAAGAGAAAAGAUACUACGUGAUAAAUAUCGGAAGCUGCCAAUGCGAACACUGAUCCUUCUUGGCAAACAGCGAAGUCCGAUGGGCGAUCAUCAUUUAGCAUUCAACGGGAUACGAAAUUAAACAUGCUUCUGAUUUAGUUCUAGACAAAGAGAUCGAAAUCUUUCGAAGAUAAUAAAGAACAAUUCACUGCCAAUAAAAGCCUAAUAAUUCUACAUUACGAGAUCAAAAAAGGAGCGUAAGAGUCGAUGACCCAAUUUGAGAAAGCGACAUUCAUCGACACUAAUCGUCACAUGCUUGUUUAAUUACAAUCGUAAUCCUAUAAAGGUAGACGCACGUUAGAGAGAAAGAAAGUGUGAAGGAGGAAAGAGAGGCGGGAGGGAAGAAGGUGCAGAAAGAAAGAGAGAGAGGUGGACGAAUUCGCACCGAAGUCGGUGAUAUGUGUCGCGCUGGCUCCCGGAGCCUCGAUGACCUUGACCCCGCGAGCAUGAAGCACCCAUCGAGGUCAGCGGGUCUCGAGGUUGCUAUGGCGCUCUUCGGCAUGGUUUGGCUGCUGCGUGUCCGCUCUGAGAUGCGUCGUUGCUCGAAAUGUCGGCACGAGGAGAUGCUCGCACAGCAGCAGCAGCAGCAGCAACAACAUCAGCAGCAGGUGCAGCUGCAGCAGCAGCAGCAGCAACAGCAGCAGCAACACCACCAUCAUCACCACCAGCAUCACCAGCAGCAACGUACCCUGUCGCAGGCUACGAGCCUGCUGCAGACGAUGUCCGACGACGGCGUCAGCUCUUCCGCCAACACCCUCUUCACGUUGGACACUCCUGGGGCGGCUGGCCCGGCUGGAAGUUACUGCGAAGUGCACGGAUAUGUUCAAGCGAAAGAAGAUAUCCAGGAGUUUUACGAGCUGACGCUGCUCGACGAAUCGAAAUCGGUGCAGCAGAAAACGGCGGAGACGAUCCGCAUCGCGGACAAAUGGGAAGCCAGCGACGGGCCAAUCACGCCGACCUUCGCCCAGAACGACGAUGGUCCUGCCUCCGCCUUGCCGUUGACCCAGACUCUGUCGAACAUUUAUGGCCGCAGAUCGGCCAGUCCCGAUGUUCCAGGCUCCAAUCUAGACGAGACUCAGAAAACGAGAUUUGAUGGUACAGGGGUGGAGGAACAAUUACCACCGCCACCGUCGCCACCCCAACUGAAAGAGGCGGCUCAGCUGGAUGGAGUUCUCAGACUGAAUUCAGUCGACCGUAUCCUUCAUCCAGACGGUAUCCCGCACAUCACUCAUGAAACGGCGAACAAGAGUCAUGACAGUUGGCAGGGACAGGAUAGUGACCAGGCACACACUCCUCUUCUCGCGGCCGACACGAGACACGUGAACGGCGACGAUGAAUGGGACUACGAAGACAUCAUUUUGGAGCGGGGCGGGGCGGGUCUGGGUUUUAGCAUUGCCGGCGGCACAGACAAUCCCCAUUACGGCAACGACACCGCCAUUUACAUCACUAAGCUUAUACCGGGCGGUGCCGCGUCCGCGGACGGCCGGCUGCGUGUCAACGACACGAUACUGCAGGUGAACGACGUGUCCGUUGUCGACGUACCGCAUGCGGCCGCCGUAGACGCGCUCAAGCGGGCCGGCAACACCGUGAAACUGUAUGUACGCCGACGGAAACACACGCAGUUGAUGGAGAUCGAGCUGAUCAAGGGUAACAAAGGCCUUGGCUUCAGCAUCGCCGGUGGUAUCGGUAAUCAACAUAUACCAGGUGACAAUGGAAUCUACGUGACCAAAAUCAUGGACGGCGGGGCCGCCCAGGUGGACGGUCGCCUCGUCGUCGGCGAUAAAUUGGUAGCCGUCAGGAACGCUCUGCAGGGCGAUAAAAAUCUGGAGAAUGUGACACACGAAGAGGCAGUGGCGACCCUGAAGGCGACCCAAGAUCGCGUCGUACUUUUAGUUUCAAAGACGGAAAGUGGUAUCAUGCCUCCACCUCCUCCUCCUCCAAUAGCGACGGACAAUUCUCUCUCGCCUCAGCCACGUAAGCAGAACGGCUCCGUGUCCGCGAUGGAAAACAACACCGCGGCACUACCGUACUCGCAGGAAUCACGCCACGCGUCCUCUCUUGCUCUGCACGGCACCGGGACACCGCGGGCAGUUUCCCAGGAGGAUGUCUCACGGGAAGUGCGUACCGUCGUAUUGAAUAAAGGUUCUUCAGGUCUUGGUUUCAACAUCGUUGGCGGUGAAGAUGGCGAAGGCAUCUUCAUCUCGUUCAUUCUAGCCGGAGGUCCGGCCGAUCUCAGCGGUGAAUUACGCAGAGGCGAUCAGAUAUUGAGCGUUAAUGGUAUCAAUCUUCGAACCGCCACCCAUGAGGAAGCCGCUGCGGCUCUCAAGGGUACGGGACAAACAGUGACAAUCGUGGUGCAAUACAAACCGGAGGACUAUAAUAGAUUUGAGGCAAAGAUCCAGGAUCUUAAACAGCAAAUCUCGCAACAGAAUGUAAUGACAGGCACCCUCAUGAGGACCUCCCAGAAGAAAUCACUCUACGUGAGAGCGUUGUUCGAUUAUGACCCCAACAAGGACGAUGGUCUGCCGAGCCGCGGCUUAGCGUUCCGUUACGGCGAGAUCUUGCACGUGACGAACGCCAGCGACGACGAAUGGUGGCAGGCAAGAAGAGUCACCCCACAAGGGGAGGAGGAAGGUCUGGGAAUAAUACCCUCGCGAAGGCGAUGGGAACGUAAGCAGCGUGCCAGAGACCGUUCUGUCAAGUUCCAGGGGCACAUGCCGGUCAUUCUUGAUAAGCAAUCAACACUAGACCGGAAGAAGAAGAACUUUUCGUUUAGCAGAAAGUUCCCGUUCAUGAAGAGCAAAGACGACAAGUCCGAGGAUGGCUCCGAUCAGGAACGAACGCCCACCACACCCGAGAAUGAGAACGAUCCCACCCCAUUCAUGCUGUGCUACACCCAGGACGACACUAACACUGAAGAUUUGUCUUGCGCUGCGGGGAGUAAAGAAAUUUUGUAUCGCGUUCAGCUGCCGUAUAUGGAGGAACUCACGUUAGUUUAUCUGGAAAUGGAGGGCGACGAGCCCGAUGACGAGCUUAGCAGCGAAGAGAACGUGCUCUCGUACGAGGCCGUGCAGCAGUUAACGAUACAGUACACGCGUCCCGUGAUCGUUCUCGGGCCGCUCAAGGACCGCAUCAACGAUGACCUCAUCUCCGAGUUCCCUGAUAAAUUUGGCAGCUGUGUUCCACACACGACCAGGAGUAGAAGAGAAUACGAAGUGGACGGACGAGAUUAUCACUUCGUGGCAUCGAGGGAGCAAAUGGAGAGGGACAUACAGAAUCAUUUAUUCAUAGAGGCCGGACAAUAUAACGACAAUCUUUACGGAACAUCCGUUGCAUCUGUGCGAGAAGUUGCUGAAAAGGGCAAGCACUGUAUCCUUGAUGUAAGUGGGAAUGCUAUCAAGAGGUUACAAGUAGCACAACUUUAUCCUAUUGCUAUCUUUAUCAAGCCGAAAUCAGUGGAGUCUGUCAUGGAGAUGAACAAGAGGAUGACCGAGGAACAAGCCAAGAAAACGUAUGAGCGUGCUCUCAAGAUGGAGCAAGAAUUUGGUGAAUAUUUUACUGCCGUCGUUCAAGGAGACACCCCCGAGGAGAUCUAUGUAAAGGUGAAGGAGGUCAUCUCUGAGCAAUCAGGACCGAACAUUUGGGUUCCGUGCAGGGACCAGCAGCUGUGACGUCCUGCCCCCCAAGCUCAGCAAGGGCCCAACGCUUGGACCCUGCCACCGAGGCGACAAGCUUAAUUAUUCACGAUAAAUAAGAUUAAUUAACGCUCUAACAUCCUUUCCUGAUCCUUCCUUGCCUCCUUGUAUCCCAUAUCUUAUGUAGCACAAAAAGCUCUACUUAAGACGCGUAACACGACAUAAAUCGCCGCAGAGAAUUUAAGUCGAAAGAAUACUUAAACGAUGGGGGCACACGAUAUCACCGACCAUUUCCCCGCGGAGAAUUGAUAAAGUCAGUCGGGACGCGUGAUUUAUUCUCCUAUAAGUUCAAAAUCUAAUGGAGGAUUGUUGAAGAAAAAACGAGGAGAUCUGGGCACGUUUGCACGUGCUUGUCGUGUUGAAUUUUAUCGCAACUGAAGUCUCCGAUUUAAAAAAACGACGGAGAGAAAUUCGUAAAUUUUAUCGCAUGAUCGUCGAUUAUUUGUGUGUGUGAUCGUCCCUAAUUUUAUUAAUUAACCUCGCGAGAGAAUUUAGAAUUGCUCGAAAAGAUUAGAUUCAGCGUAUAUCGAAACGCAAGCAACUCGGAAGAGUUCUCAAACUUGAUCGAGCUAUCAACUGCGAAAUGCAAACACUUUACCGCUCAUAUUCGGACGCGGUAUUUUUUAAUGUACUUAAGCGCAGUUAGCGCGCCGGGAACGUCGAGCGAAUUCGACGAACUUGAAUAGAGAAAAAGGGAAUCGCGGGUAGGAGAGUAAAUUGUAGGCCCAGCGACAUUGUGUAUGUGUUAAUGAGAACCUCACAGGAUUAAAAGAAGCAGUAAAUGAAAAAAGCAGAAAAAAGAGAAAAGAAACCUCACAGGACAAAUCUUUAGAUGCUAGGUACACAUAACGAUAUAUAAUGUUUUGUACAGCUAGAUAACUAAGCCAGUAACUGGGUUAUGUGCAACAUUAUAUUUGUGGAAUGGGCGAUGCGAAGAGAGAAAGAAAAAAAUGAGAGAAAGAGAGAGAGAAAACAAAAAAACACUAUUGUAUAAUUUAAAUAUUACUACUAAAUUAUUAUUAUUAGUAGGUAUUAUUGUAAAUACAUAUAUAUUCGCGUAUAUCGAGACGGAGGGCCGUAGUAAAAGAUAAAGAAUGAGAAAAAGAGAUAGAGGGAGGAAGAAGAGUCUGACAAGACUUUUUUUCACACGCGACUUGGCUACAUAAUGUAAUGCAGCAUCCUGAAAUAAAGAAUUUUCACGCCGAUCAGUCACGCUCCCGUAGAAAGCUUCAACGCGAGCAUAGGUGUAUGCUGCUCCUUCGUAUUUUAAAAUAUAGUUCUUGGCACUGGAUCAGCAGUCGUCGCUGAUCGAACGUGAGGUUUAGCUUGCACGAGAUCUUCAGUGCAAUCGGCUGAAGAAAAAAAAAAGAGAAAAAUCAUGCUUGAUGAUGUACUUACCGCGGGGGAACUGCGAAAGGUGCGAACGGACAAAACUGCGACGGUCGAAAAAAAAGAAACUAAUUGGGUUCCGUGGAAUACUGAGCAGUGAAUUUGUUGAAUAGUAAGCGAAGAUUUUUCAUCUAAUGAAUUCAUGUCUAGAAUGCGGCUCUCAAAUCCCUCGCCUGGCCUUCACUCGUUCAUCGGGGCUGUGAGCUCGCGAUCGCAUGUCACUAUGCAUAAUGCUUUGUCCGCUUGCUCCUUCCGUUUCCGUAACAUUAAUCAUGCGCGAGAAGGUAUGAUAAUUGAUUCUCCCAAUAGAACACGAGCGGAAAAUGUCAAAUUGUUACGAACACGAGGUGUCAUUACGGUAAUUUAAUUGUAAUAUAGCCGCAUUGUUGUCGUAAUAUGGAGACGUGAUGCGAAUGGCGAUCACGAGAGACAAUGGCGACGAUGAUGAUAAUGAUGUUGACGAUGAUGACAACAAUGAUAAUAUAGCCAACGUGUGCGGGCGCAACACGCGACGGUCACCUUUGUCGCCUGGAAUAAAGCCGGACGUUUCCUUUUCUUUAUUUCCGUAGUAACAUUUACUCGCGGGGAACGAUAAUAUUGUGCGGACACAUGCUUUCAGGCUAUUUUUUUUCCUACCGCGAGUCCUAGAUUAUUAAGCGCGAUUAUCAUAUGAGAUAGAACAAGGUACGAAGCGACGAGCUUCGGCUUGUGCCUGAAGGACAGAAGGCCUGGCUUCGCCGAGUUGAAAAAUGUCUGUCUCGAUGUAAAAGACCGUAUAUAAAGAGAAUAAUUACCGCAGACACCUAUUAUACACCUCUAUAGUCUAUUUAAUAAUAUUACUUAUUAAAUUGUCAAUCUCAUGUUCACCUUGUUUCAUCGUUUUUAAAUAGUUAAUAAACGUUUUACCAAUUUUA